AUGGCAAAAACCAUCCUUUCCGUCAAUGCAGGCUCGUCCUCCGUCAAAAUCACCUUUUACGAGCUGGCGAAUCCGCCGUCCCCCAUUGUAGACGCGCAAUUGUCGGGGAUUACAUCGCCGCCACAAAGCCUCAAAUAUAGCAAGAGUUCGGGCGACAAGAAAGAGAAAGUGAGCGAGAAUCUCGACACCCCGCCCAAAGCGUUCAAGUACUUGCUGGACCGGUGUCUUUCCGAUGCAGAAAUCUCGGAGGUCGCCAAUGUACAGGAUCUUGCGUACAUCUGCCAUCGAGUAGUGCACGGUGGAGACUAUACAGAUGCCAUUGAAAUAAAUGACUCCACCUACCACCAUUUGGAGGAAAUCGAGGACCUGGCCCCGCUGCAUAAUUUUUCAGCAUUGGAGAUAAUUCGCUCAUGUCGAAAGGAACUUCCAAAUGUCAGAAAUAUCGCGCACUUUGACUCAGCGUUCCAUCGAAGUCUGCCAGAGCACGUUCGCACAUACCCGAUCGACCAGGAGGUGGCGAAGAAGAACAAGCUGCGUAAAUAUGGCUUUCAUGGAAUCAGCUACGCAUUUAUCCUUCGAUCAGUGGCAGAGUUUCUGGGUAAACCGAAGGAAGAUACAAAUCUCAUUGUUAUGCAUAUAGGAAGCGGGGCCUCGAUUUGUGCUAUUAAGAACGGCAAAUCCAUAGAUACUUCGAUGGGGUUAACGCCUUUGGCAGGACUUCCCGGUGCGACUCGAAGUGGUGACAUUGAUCCAAGUCUGGUAUUUCACUAUACGAACGAUGCUAGCGGCCUAAGUCCAGCAAGCACGAAAGAAAUGCACAUCAGCACAGCAGAAGAGAUUCUGAACAAGAAGUCAGGCUGGAAAGGUCUCACUGGCACGACGGACUUUGCGCAGAUAGCAGUUGAAAACCCACCCACGGCAAAUCAUAAGCUUGCUUUUGAUAUUGUCGUUGAUAGGAUAUCGGGAUUCAUAGGCAAUUACUUUGUCAAGCUGCAAGGUCAGCUGGAUGCAGUGGUGUUUGCGGGCGGAAUCGGUGAGAAGAGUAGUUUGCUACGACAGGCAGUGACUCGACAGUGUAAUUGCCUUGGAUUUGACGCGGACUCGGAAAAGAACAGCCAGGGGGCGAAGAACGACGAGCCAGUGACUGAUAUCUCCACGUCGGACAAGGGACCACGAACUCUGAUAUGUCAGACAGAUGAACAGUUUGAGAUGGCAUACCACACGAUUGAAAUGAAUCUGUGA